GUAUCUGUGUUUAUGGGUCUUGGUGUGGGUCGUCUCCUUGCUACACCGCAUGACUCCUACUAAGACUUGAUUUUCCAACUUUACUAAGAAAAUAUGGAGGACCUUUCAUUCAUGUUUCGACUUCUGGAUGAUCUGUCUAAAUCAGAGCUAAAAAGGUUCAAGGCCCACCUGAGCGAAGACACCCUGAAGGGCUUUGCACGUGUCCCCUGGGGCCGGCUAGAGCAGGCAGACGUAACUGACACAGUGGGUCUGAUGAAGGUUUACUAUAGCGUCAGAGGCUGUAAGGAGAUGACACAGCACAUCUUGAAGACUAUGGGGCGUCUGGAUCUCAUAGAACGGUUUGGGCAGAAUUCUCAAGAUUCCUCUACUGGAUUCACCAAUCAGACAGUGAGUGGAGCAGGGACUGGCGUGACUGAGGACGUCCACACUCUGAGAUUGGGAAGUUCUGAAGAAGUCAACAGACUGUCCUCUGUUGCCACACCCUCUGCACCCAUGGCUUCCACCACAUCCACAAACAGGAGAAAUUGGAAUCCACAUAGCGAAAGAUGGCGGAAGAAACUGCACGAGCUUGCAAAUCUGGAGGACAGUAAGGUGACAAGAGUCGGGGGUCUGAUAUUUGUCCCUGAUGAGAGAUUUCAGAUCGCCCUGAUAGGACAGACUGAAGUCCUCUUGGGACUCAGGGAUGAUGGCACAGAAGUAGCCAUAAAGAAAAUUAGCCAUUCCUACUUCAAGAAGCUCCAACAGGAGCUGAAGGUUUUCCUGAAACUCAGGUUUAACAGUCUUCAUGUUGUGCAGUACGUGGACUCCACAUCUGACAAGAACUUUGGCUACAUUGCCAUGCAGCUGUGUGAGUUCAACCUGGAUGAAUACAUAAAACAAAGGCAACCAGCAGUUUCAGAGAGGAAAAGAAUAGCAAGGGAGGUCCUUGAUGGUCUGAAAGACCUCCAUGAGAAUGAUGUGAUCCAUCGGGACAUCAAGCCUCAUAACGUUUUCAUUGAUAAUGACGGGUGGGUGAGGUUAGCUGAUUUUGGGAUAAGUCGUAUCCUAGAUCCGGACCAGACUACACAAGUGACAGACAGAGCUGGAACAAAGUGCUGGGAGGCUACAGAAAUAAUCAGCGGCCAACCAGAGGACCAGAAGCCUCGGUACAAGCGGAGCACUGAUAUACAGGUGGCUGGUAUGCUGGUCUACUACAUCCUCUCUGGUGGAAAACAUCCCUUUGGAGAAGGCGUCCGCUGUCCAACCAACAUUGUGGAUGGAAUCUAUACCCUUGAGCACCUAACAGAUGAGGAAGCCAAGGAUUUGGUUAAGCGCAUGAUCAACGUCAAUCCAAAAGAGAGACCACGCAUAACCGAAGUUCUCGAGCAUCCCUACUUCUGGGAGGAGGACAGAAAAGAGAUGUUCCUGGGAGCGGUGGGGAAUGUCAAGGAGGUAGAAAAAUACCUAGACUUCAGUAAUGAUGAGAACCUGGCCAGAGAAAUACAAGGGAAAAGCUUUUCCACAUGGAAAACUCAGCUGAACCAUGUGACUGAAGACGAAAUGGUUGGAUCUUGUGAAGACACAUACUAA